GGACUAGGCUCGCUGCUUUUGAUGGACAAAAAGAUUCAGUUGGUCUUCGAUCUUUAACGGCUCAGAUAUUUCGGAUCUAUUUGACCCGAACACGAUCUUAUGCGACCCGCCUUACGUGUCACCGAUCCCUGGUUUUCUCUAUCUCAUCUUUCCUACAAAACUACCUACCCGAAGCUCCGGGAUUCCCGACGCCAAUCUCCGGUGGCCGGUAAAAAAUUGUUCCGGCCGUUCCUCCUUCAUUUAUCUAUCCAGCGUAAACAAGUGUCGAUUUUUCCCUUUGAAUUAUUAAACCCGAGAAGCUGGAAUGGCUUCAGACGACGAUGAUGAAAGCCUCGCCCAAUUCCUUGAAUCCGAAGUCCUCUCUGCGAUGUCUGAUCAGGAGGACGAAAAGAGGGAAGGAGGGAUUGAGGAAGAGAAUGAGGAUGGAGAUGCAAACACAAUGCUUUUCGUGGAGGAUGAUUUUAUCGACGAGGCAGAAGAAGUUGAGAUGAGGAAGGAGGAGGAGGAAAAUGAGGAUGCAGAGGACAAGGAAAUCAAUAAAAUGCUGAUUGAAGAUGGUGGUACUAGUUGCGACGAUGAGGACAAGGAGCAGGAACAGGGAGAAGAGAGGAAAGCAAAGCGAAAGAAAAUUGAGGAAGUUGAUAGCAGCAUUAAUAGGCAACCCAUGAUGUUGAAAGCAUGUAAUAUGUUAUCUUCAACUGAAUCAGCUUCCUUGUCUCCAAAGGUUACUGAAACUGAUGAAGGUAAGGGCGGCAAGGGAAAUAGUAGCGACAAGGGACGUAAGAGACUUGAGACAGGGAAUUUGAGCAAAGUUCCUCCUGAACUCUUUCGUAACAUACUUAAAUUUCUCUCCUCGGAGGAUCUUGUUUCUUGCUCCUUGGCCUGCAGAUUUCUUAAUUUGGCUGCUUCGGAUGAGUCGUUAUGGCGUAGCCUGUAUUCAAUGCGGUGGGGUCUGCUGCCACCAAAGAAGUUGCGAGAAUGCGCUUGGAAGAAGCUGUACAUUCAGCGUGAUGAAGAAGACAUGGUGGAGUUAGUUAGGAGCUGCCCACCGGAAUUUAAAGAGUAUUACAUACAAAUGCAGGCAGCAAAGAGAAGCCAGGCACCUCUCGCUUCGCAGGUGCUUGAUGACCGGGUUAGUAUUGACAAGACUGUUACCGAUCAAGUUUCUUCUUGGAAGAGCAGUAGAGGCCUUGGUGAUAAGGUGGUUGCAGAUCAUGCUUGUUCUGGGGAUAAAUGUAGUUAUUUUAAUAUUGGUGAUGCUUUUGUCUGUGAGAAGACUGGAAAUGUUCAUGUUUGUGGUGAUACUUGCAAAGAAGCUGUUGCUGAUCCAGUAAAUGAACUUCUGGUUUGUACCAUAUCAGGCCGUUGUUUUGACAGAUUACUCUCUCCGGAUGAAAUAGAAUCUGAGGUCAGAAAGUACAAUUCUUUUGCAUAGGUUGCCUGCUUGCAUAAAUUUACUCCACUUUCAGAAGUGCAUUAAAGAAAUACUUGACCUGCAAAACUGACAGAUCAAUCUUCUAAGUUGCCUUACAUAGCCAAUAACAUCAAAUAAGUCUUCCCUGGCUAAGUUUGACUUGGUUUGAUGAUUUAUUUAACAUGUAGCUAGGCUUCUUUGUAGUGUUGCUUCUUUUACUCAUUUGCUAUGUUUCCAUAAGACUGAUGUUGCUUAGAUAUAAUGGAAGUUUUUUUUAUGAUUUGACGUAGGGCUUUUAUUUGAAAAACAAAGUUGCUUUCAGUUAUUUACCUUUGAAGUCACUGUAUCAAAUGUGUUUUCUGAAGUAGUUUCUUUCCUCACCCCUUGUUUUCUGGUUUGUGAUCAUCUAAGGAAGGUGCUCAUUUCCCAUUUCCAUUUGAAUUACAGGAACAACAACAGGGUGGUGUUACGGAUGAAGCAGAGCCCUUCAUGGGGUCUGGCCGUUUUGGUAUGUUUUGAUUCUUAACCCUUCAAUCCUUAGUCGAGUGUUUGAGUUCAUCCUUUUCUAAUUCGCCUGUGCAUUUCAGCUCGAGCUUACCAGAUUGGUUACAAUUGCACCAGUGAGAAAGAGCUAGAAUCUACUUGGAGGUUCUGCUGCUGAUUUAUUUAUCUAGCUGGACUUCACUUUCAUGGUUGAGAAAUUGCAUGAUUUUAUGUUACAGAUCUUCCCCACCCCGUUUGUAUUUGAAAAAAGCACCCUUCUUCAAGGGCGUCAGCUUGUCUUAAAUUGUUCUAUUGCAGUUUGAUUACAGUAUAAGUUAUAACAAUAUUUUCCUAAUAGAAACGAUGAUAGAACGACAUUUUGUCUGACCUUGUGGCAGUUUUCUUCUUUCUCAUUUUUUAGGCCAGAGAAAAUUAUGACUAAAUUAAUUAAAUAUGCUUUAAAAUGUUACUGUGCCUCGCUUCUUGUUCUUGGUGGUGAUAUUUUUGGUCUUUUGCGAACCGG